GAAAAGUGUGUGCGUGUGAAUGAUGAUCAUGAUUGAUGAUGAUACACGAUUUAGUUCUUUAUAUAAAUAAAAAUCUAAAUCAUUCAUUCUCACUCACAUCUCUCCAGAGUCAACGCUGUGAAUCCUUUCACCAUUUUGGCUCCAAGAUGUGGAAGCUCUGCUUAUGCUUACCGCUCCUACUCCUUGACAUCGGUGUAGCCAAGGCUUCUGCAUCCAUCUACCUCCCUAGUCAAACCGGCGUUGACGGUUCUUCUAAUCCUGUUUGCUCCCCACCGGAUCCUAACCUGAACUACAGACCAGUCAUUGGGAUACUUAGCCACCCUGGUGAUGGAGCGUCAGGUCGGUUGAGCAAUGAUACAACCUCUACUUACAUCGCAGCUUCUUACGUGAAGUUCGUGGAGGCAGGUGGAGCACGUGUCAUCCCUCUUAUCUACAAUGAGCCUGAAGAUGUUCUCUUCAAGAAGCUGGAACUAGUCAAUGGUGUGAUAUUCACUGGUGGUUGGGCUAAGAAGUAUGAAUAUUUCGACAUGGUUACAAAAAUCUUCAAAAAAGCGUUGGAGAGAAAUGAUGCUGGAGAGCAUUUUCCAAUAUAUGGCAUUUGCCUCGGAUUCGAGCUUAUGUCUAUCAUCGUUAGUCAGGACAGAGGCAUUCUUGAAAGAUUUGAUGCAGAAGACAAUGCGUCAAGUCUCCAGUUCGUUAAAAAUGUUAAUAUUGAAGGAACCUUAUUCCAAAGAUUUCCUCCAGAGUUGUUGAAGAAACUCAGUACAGACUGUUUGGUUAUGCAGAAACACAGGUGGGGUAUCACACCAGAAAAAUUUAAAGCCAACCAAGCUCUGUCUAGUUUCUUUGAAAUCGUCACAACCUGCAUUGAUGAAAACGACAAGACUUAUGUUUCAACUGUUAAAGCAAAGAGAUACCCAAUAACUGGUUUCCAGUGGCAUCCUGAGAAAAAUGCAUUUGAAUGGGGUUCAUCUCAAAUUCCACACUCAGCUGACGCUAUCCAGGUGACACAAUAUGCUGCUAGUCACUUAGUCAGUGAAGCUAGGAAGUCACUGAACAGACCAUCUUCUGAGAAAGUGCUGGAGAACCUCAUAUACAACCACAAGCCUACUUACUGUGGAUACGCAGGGAAGGGUUAUGAUGAAGUUUACAUUUUUACACAACCAAGAUCCCGUUUAUAGAAGUGCAUGUUUCUCUAAUUUGGAACUUUUGUAACUUGUGAUCUCAAUAAGGAGCCGAUUUGUUUUGGCUUUCUUUUAGUUCUGCUUAUAAAUAACUCUCUGGAACUGGAUCCAUCCUUUCAAAAGGUUGUGUUUUGUUUGUCUUUUGCUAAGCAAUAAGAUUUUGAAAAUCUUUGCAAAGGAUAUACGAUUCACAAAGUCACCAA